AUGUUAAGGGAGGGGGGAGGGGGGUGCCGGUUCUUAAUCUGCGAGAGAUUAGGGUUUGCGUGUGUGUAUGUAUGUAUGUGUGACCUGAAAAGUGUGCGGCAGUCAGGUGGACGAAUAGAAUGGCACAUGCCAAUGUAUUUGCAUCCAUCUCGCAGCGAUACAAGGAUGCUAGGAAUAUUUGUCCAUCCAUCGUAUAUUCUUCCACCGUCGUCGUCGUCGUCGUCAUCCUUAUCGUCGUAUUAUCCGGACAAGAGGGCUUAG